AUUAUACGGACACAUGCACAGAUAGAUACAUCAUACACUGUAUCUUUUGCAUGACCAUCCUCACUCACAACCGCAGAGAGUUUGAGAGAAACAAAAUCCUGAGAAAAUCAGGGUGUUUGGCUGCUGAGAAAAUUUGAAUCCGGGUGGGACCGACCGGCCUUUUCAGGAUCUCGGGAAGGUUCUGAAAGGUGGGGCCCUCAUCCCUCAUUCAUCGUCUUCCGUUUGUCUGCUACACUCCCAACACCGUUUUAUGAACACAACACCCCCGGUUUCGAUACAGGAAAAGAAGAGAUUUUUCUGGGAAAAUUUUGCACAAGCAAAGCAAAUAGAAUUAGUUUAAAGCAGUGGUUGGAGAAUAGGAAUAAGGCGUAUGGAUUUUACUCUGAAAUUCUCUAUCCUGCUGUUGCUUCUCGGAUUCGCUUCUGUAUCAGUGAAUGCUUCGCCUUUUACGAAUGAUUUUGGUCAUUGUGAAAGAGUUGUCAAAAAAUGGGCCUCUUCUUCACUUGAACAAGAAGUUAAAGAAGACAAACACAGACUGAGGGAUUUGCUGUUUUUCCUUCAUGUGCCCAGAACAGGAGGACGUACGUAUUUCCACUGUUUCUUGAGAAAGCUGUACUAUAGCUCUCUGGAAUGUCCUCGAUCUUAUGAUAAGCUUCGAUUUGAUCCUAGAAAGCGACAUUGCAGGUUGUUGGUUACUCAUGAUGACUAUAGCAUGAUGUCCAAACUUCCCAGGGAGAGAACAUCAGUAGUGACAAUACUUAGGGAUCCAGUUGACCGUGUUUUUAGUACAUACGAAUUUUCGGUAGAGGUAGCUGCUAGGUUUCUGGUACAUCCCAACUUAACUUCUGCAACACAAAUGGCAAGACGUAUACGUUCAAAGACUAAAGGAGUAAGCACACUGGAUAUUUGGCCAUGGAAAUAUUUGGUUCCAUGGAUGAGGGAAGACCUUUUUUCCCGGAGAGAUGGUCAAGAGCAUAGAGGCUCAGAUGAUGUUCAGAGCAAUGACCCAUACAACAUGGAGGAAGUUGUGAUGCCAUUACACGAGUACAUCAAUGACCCUAUAGCUCAAGAAAUUGUUCACAACGGAGAAACAUUCCAGGUUGCAGGAUUGACAAACAACUCCUAUCUAUCAGAAUCACAUGAAGUGCGCCAUUGUGUACAGAGGUAUAAACAUCUUGGUGAACAUGUCCUGGAAGUUGCAAAAAAGAGGUUGGAUGAUAUGUUAUAUGUUGGUCUCACUGAGGAGCACAGAGAAUCUGCAACCAUGUUUGCAAAUGUAGUUGGCGCCCAGGUGAUUUCACAGCUAGGAGGAUCAAAUUCUAGUGAGGAGAGUGCUACUGAAAGCAAACCCGAACAGAGCUACUCAGUUUCAGAUUCCAAGUCAGAUAAUAAUGACCUUCGGAACAGAACCCUAGAUGGAAAGGAAAGUGAGAUUGCUUCACCUGAAACUGUUGAAGCAGUGAAAGGAAAUAUGACUGUGGGAGAGCUUAUGAAAGCUUAUGAAGACUGCAUUUCUAGUUUACGAAAGACCCAAGCAAACCGGCGCACCUCUUCUUUGAAGAGAAUCUCCCCCGCAAACUUUACUAAGCAGGCACGCCUCCAGGUUCCUGAAAUGGUCCUCCAGCAGAUAAGGGAACUUAACCACCUUGAUGUGGAGCUUUAUAAAUAUGCACAAAAUAUCUUUGCAAAUCAACAUAAGCGUAAUUUUGGCAUCACAGGAAUUUGGGAGAGGAUGCAGAACAGCACAUAUGGCACGAGCAUGAAGGUCCUCUCGUUAGGCGGAACUCUUGUUUUACUCCUUUUGGCCUUCUAUGUAUUUGUUAACGCCCGAAGAAGAACGUCAAAAGUUAAAAUAUGAAUGUAUCUUGAUAGACUGGAAACAUCACACCGGUUUAAAAUUAUUGAGAAACCUGAUGGAAAGAAGGUGUCGCAUUUGCUUUAGUUUGCA